AAAUACUCAAAUGAAGGAGGCUGCAAACAUUAGUGAUGAGAAAAGACCUUUAGCUUCAAUACCUCUUCAAACCUUUUUAUAUUUUGAUUAUAUUUUCACAGUAUGCAUCAUUACUAUAUCUAGUAUAUCUAUUUCAUAAUUGAAAUCAUAGUGUUUAUCUAUAAGGGAUAUGGAUUGUUUUAUCCACCAAAUAAAAUAGGAAUAGAAAUAUUUUUGUAAUUUUUGCUAGCAUUCUGUUAAUUUCCAAGAUUGAUAUUGGGAUCAAUAGGUAAUAAAACUGAAUCCCCAUCUCAAAUUUUAUGGUAUUUUACUUAAAUAUUUAGGUUUGUAUUACUUAUUUUUCCAUGCAUUUUCUUCUACAUAUUUUUCAUUGUCUUAUAAACUUAUGUUGUAAUUUUGGAGAUAAUAAUAAAUGUAAUUGCAUUAAUAUUUAUUGUCUUUGAAUUAUUGUUUAGUUUGUCUGCAUUUUUAACCUUCAAAAAUUAUGAAAAACAACAAUGA